GUGAUAUGGCUGCUUGCAGAAAGUGUAAUUCAUUGAGCUGCUGCCAUGGAUAUGACUGGCAUAGAGACGUUGCUAGGUCCUAUUGGAGCAUCUCCACUAGACAUGGAGCCCAUCUCGUCAGGGGUGACCAGCACUCGUCUUUCUGCUGAUGAUGAUGGGAACACUCUCUUUCUCCUACCUCUGUUUUGGACUACAAGAAAAUGGGGAUUUUAGUCUGUAGUGAAGGGUGCUACUGCUGUAGCUGUGUGUGCAGUGGCACUGCUGGCUUUGAGGAGGUGUCUCAGACAGAGGAGAAGCGUUGCAGCACAACAAGCACUGACAGAGCCAGUGAGCCCCGCCCCCCUCCGUAGUGGCAAAUGGAUGGUUGUGCCGGCAGUCUCACCCCCACCCCCUCCGGUUGAGGAGAGAGCUGAUGUCACUGAGCAUGACAAGCAAGAGGAGCUCCCACUGACAGAGCAGCCUCCCAUAGAGACCAUCCCCCACCAAGCUCCGGCCUCUACACUUCAAGUGAACACACAAACAGCCGGUCAAGCCUCGGAAGAAUUCAACCUAUCCUUUGCUGCUGAUUCCAGUUCUGAUUCGGAACCAGAUGGUGAUAAAUGGAAUGGGGAGGACGAGCCCAGUGGGGACGUCCCUAGCCAUCAAGCUGAGAUAAGUGAUGAGGACAGUCCUAGAAUGGUCACUAGUAGAGCAACUAUUAGUGUGUCAUGAACACAAGUAUCAUUCUAGCUUGCAAUUGGAAGUUUUGUCUCUUUUGUGUUCUUAUUAAUAAUGUACUAUAAUAGCAGUAUGUAAUUAUUGAAUAGAAAAUAAAUUGGAUUGUUCUUAUGAAAUUUA